CUGAACUACUUUUCAAACCAUCACCUACCGUGCCCUUCCGGGUCAAAUGAGCCUUCGACGUUCUCCUGCAAAGACGCCCUUCGAAUCACCACGGUUGAUCCAGCACUGUCUACUACAUAACUGCGGUCCUUGUUAGGCAGCAAGGCUGAACGUAACAUGGCCGACCCUCUCACUAUCAUCGGAUCUGUGGGAGCGCUUUGCAACAUUAUAGAAGUGGUCACUAAAGCCAUCUCCACCAUCGCCCGGCUCAGCGCCCGCUGGAAAGACGCAGAGCUCACCUUCUUCAGCCUCGUCGCACAACUCUGUGCCCUUCGAGCAGCUUUGACCAAAGUUCAAGAAUGGAAAGAAGAGGAGCUUGGAGAAACCCAUCACCAACUCAUCAUGGAUCUGGACGUGUCCAUAUCAUGCUGCAGACUGCUUGUUGCCAAGAUCGACAUAUUUGUCUCUACGUUGGAUGUGGCGACCGAUAAACCACUAGAUGUCCCAGGGAAACUGAAAUUUGUGUUCGGAACAAGCGGCUUGGAGGAAGUAGAGAGGCUCCUAGAGCGACAGAUAAAUGCCUUGACGCUGCUCCUCACUGCCUGCAACUGUAAAACCCUCUCCGAACAGAGGCGACUGCUUGAGAAAACCACAACGCGCAAAGUCCUUGGACGCGCAAAAGCCGACUCCGUCUCGUUGUUCGUACUUCGCGAUUCAGCAUCCUUCAUCGGCAGGAUCACAGACAAUCUAUCGAAACUAUCCCUCAUCUUCGAUUUCGACCACGAACUCUUCUCUACGAAGGUAUACGAACGCGUGUUUAGAGGAUCUCUGAAAGAAUCGUUAAGACGACAACAAGGCGCGUGGCAUCACACUCUGCCUCAACGCGCACCUGAGACCCUUGCUCUGCUGAUGGGCGAUGAUGAGGGCGGAAAAAACACCAUCGUCAACCUCCUCAACGAUGUCUAUCCGCAGCACUAUAGCAUCGAGGAAUUGGCGCUGUCGCAGAAAGAAUUGAGUGGCCUUUACCUUCGCCGCCUAAGAGAACUAAGUGCACGCAUGGGCACGUCAACGAAAGGGAAGAAUGCCGCCGCAAGAGUGGAAGACUGUGCCCUGAUGCUCAAGUAUACAACAGUUCCGAGCUCUGUCAAGAAUCUUGACCCCGAAACCGUACGAGCAAUAGCAGCUUGCUACAAUGAGCAAUUCAGAAGAGGCGAUUCUUCGCUCGUGAGCGGGGAUAUGAAUGAAGUGCCACUACUCACUGACGAACUAUGCCGGCUUUCGUCUCCGUGCUACGUCCCUAGUGCUGCUGAUGCACUGAGAGUCCAAGCGAGGCGAGGGGUAUAUGGCGUCCGUCUCCGCCGCGAAGGCCACGCUGUAAAGGUCAUCAACCUGCCCGGUCCGGAAUUCUACGUAAGACAACCUGAUGUCGCACUGGAACGCAUUUCCACUCUGAUCCUUGUCGUCGAUUUGACGAGCUACGACAUUCCUAGCCCAACAGGGACCCACAAUAGGAUGCGGAACUUGAUGCACUCCUUCCAUCAGCUGACGUCUCUAUCGGCCUUAAGGCGCGCAUCAACUGUCCUUGUAUGGAACAAGAUAGGCGUGUUCAAGCACAAGCUCCCUUACUCGCCAUUAGAACCACAUUUCCCGGACUACGAUGGCGGGGACGAUGCCGAUAAAGCGAUAGCCUUCCUCAGCCGCAAGUUCAAACACAUGACUCCCCGUCCGUCCGAAGUCUAUUCACUGGUCAUGGCAGGCGACGAUCCUUCCAUGCUGGACCCCAUCCUGGACAUUGUGCUGGGAGUACCUCCGUCGAGCAAGUCCAUCGCUAUUGGUUCUUCUAGUCCGGUACAAAGGCUAGUCAAAGGCGAAAAUGAAAGCCGAAUCAUAACCAUACCCAUACAAGAAUGGACUUCCGUGUCGGGUCCUCUUCCUACUCCAUCGGGGCUCGACCGGCCUUUGGAGCCCGCGAACGUUGCUUGCAGGCCGCCAAGGGGCCAGCCUACCGGGACUUACGGCGAAAAGGCACAGUAUCAAGCGAUCUCUGGAACUAGGGUGGGACUGGGAGGGGAAGGUAGAGAUAGCGCCUUUCCGAUCCGGAAUUCAUGGGGCUAG